AUGUCAUUGCCACCAUUACCGUUUAAGGUCAAAACCGUUGUCUCUUGGGCAGGAGAAGAGCCAGGUGAUUUGGGGUUUAUGGAAAAGGAGCUUGUUGAUGUUUACUCAAUAGUAGAUGAGAGCUGGUGGAGUGGAAAGUUACGACGCAAUGGAGCGGAAGGUAUAUUUCCCAAAGAUUAUGUACAAAUCCUCGACCAAGGCAACUUUGCCAGAACAAACGCGGUUCCAGGUGCCGGUGCAUCAUCAUCCUCGUUAGUAACCACGCCAGUGAAGAAUGACACCAAUAAUAGGAGCGGGAGUGGUACUCCUUCUUACUCUCGAGCAGGCAAUCAAUUGAAAUCACCACUGCAAUAUCCCAUCACAAACAAUAGUUUUCAGUAUGCAAGUCCCUCGCAAAGGAACGCAAUCUCGAAAUCGACGUCGCAACUACAUGACUAUGACUAUGAUUAUGAUUAUGAUUAUGGUUAUUCUAAAGCAAAUACAAAACAAGAAAUGUACAAAACUCCAAACUAUAAUUCCGAUAGUCGUAUCAUUAAGCUGAAAAGUCCAGGAUAUCAAGUGUACGAACAAUAUGGAUCAACAACACCUCAGUCGCGGCAUACGCACUCACAACAGAAUUUACCAAAUUCGAAAAACAAAUCUGGCCAUUCAUACAACUCCCGCUCUUAUGAUGAUCUUCUUCGUCAACAAAGCCCAGCACCUGUUGUUGAACCUAAUCCUGCGCCAUCUUACAAACAAAAACAUUCAAGCCUGAGGAGGAUACCAAAAGAAGAGGAAAUCAUACAAGAGUACAAAGAAAUUGCUAAGAAAAGAGCACAACUUGAAAUCGAGUUACAAAAAUUGAAGAAUGGAUCCUUUGAGCAAAAACUUUAUAAGGAUGCACCCAAACCAUCAUCGCCUAGUAGGUUGAACAAAACCUCACUGCCAGGUAGAUAUAAUGAUGAGUUUUCAUUGGAUUCGUACAAUACCCAAAGCGACGACAUGGUCAGAAUGAACAAUAGAUCACGCGACGAUUUGAGCAAGAAACUAUCAAGUAUUCCUAGCGAUGAUAUGGACUAUGUCUCCAUAUCUCCUGGCCCAAAGCACUAUGUCUCAUCAUACCCAUCUAAUACUUCUCCUCCUGCUCCUCCUUCACCACCGCCACCACCACCACUCCAAAAAAGGACAACAAUUGGCGACGAUUUAAAUGGGAAAGCUAUUUAUCGCAAUCGAUCAACCUCGCCAUCUCCAUCGCCGUCACCACCUCCCCCACCUAGACACAAAGUUGAUUCUGUGUUGAAUUCAAAAGACUAUAGGGGUGAAUCUUUGGAAAUGCGUAUGCCCUUUGAUGGUGAUGAUUUCAAAAUCUCAAGCAACCAGGGUGACAAGAGAGGGUAUAUAAGCGAAGAAACGUACCAGCAACUAUAUUUGCAGCACGAGGAAUUGAAAAAUUCCAUCAAAUCUCUUCAAAGUGAUGUGAUGAACUUGUCUGAAAUGAGUGCCACGAGUGCUGGCUCAUUUAUGAGACAUAAAUACGAAAAAGAGUUGCAAAGCACCCAAUCACGCAUGAAAGAGUUAAAUAUGGAUGUACAUAAUGUUGAAGAUUUAGAGGCAGAAAAUGAUGCAGAUGUGACAUUUGAGCUAAGGCUGAAUGUGAUGGACUCUGUAUUUGAAUCGAAGAAGAAAAAUUCAAAUAUUUUCAAAAAAAUGCUCAGAAAAUCUACUCAAGACCAACUAAACCCUAUUGAAAGAAAGUUGCAGCAACAAGAUGAGAUAGAUUGGGCUGCUUACAAGAUGGACCUCAAUAGGAUGAACUCGUUGACCUCGAGUGAAAAGCAAGGUAGAACCAAAAGAGAAACGCGCAAAGAAGGAAAUUUGAUUGUUAAACCUUUGGAGUAUAUUUCCGAGAUCAAUACCAAUGAAACCGCAAUUAAUGAUGCAUUGGAAAUUGAUUUGGAUUCAAUCAACUACAAAAAAGUAGAAUCGUUUGCCUCGCACUAUGAUAUUACUUAUGACCUUAAUGACUUUAUUUCUGAUGUUUCCAUCAAGUUCCAUUCUUCAACAUUGGAUAAAGUUAGAUGCGUAUUACAUCAUUUAGCAAAAAUUCGCAUAGUAGAGGAGUCAUCGGCAAUUCUGCAAACAAAACCAAAAUUGAGCGAGGUACAACUGAAGGGAGAAGCUUCAAUCUUCCAAAUCAAUUAUAUUUUCAAAAAGAUACUUGAUGCACUAAGAAUACCAUCGGAAGUGGUGCUAGGUUUUUGGAAAAAACCGAACGAGUUUUAUCAUAAUGAACAAUACGUGAUAAACCACAGUUGGCUUUCAGUACUAGUCCACGAUUCAUUUAGGCUCAUUGAUAUUUUCAACUUUGUAAACCCACUGGUUUGCAACUUACAAGAGAGUACGGGCCAAUAUAAUGAAUUCUACUUCAUGGCCGAGCCACUAAGUCUUGUUUCUACUCAUAUACCAUCUAUCAUAGAUUUGCAGCAUGUGACGCCACCGAUCGAUCCAAGUAUUGCAUUUUAUUUGCCUAGAACGUAUUCGGGUUUCUACAAGAACCGUCUUCAAUUCGCCAAUUUCAAUAAUGCUUUAACUAGAUUGAAUGCCUUGGAAGUAUUUGAGUUGGAGCUCUAUGUGCCAAAAGAUGUUGAGUUGUUCACCUUGAUCAAAACUUCAAAGGUAACGACCAAUGAUUUAACUUUGUGCCAGGUGAAAUGGGUUAACCACAAACGAAUGGCCAAAAUUAAAGCAAUCUUACCUCAUGGAGAAAGCAUUGGAGUGUUGCAAAUUUUUGCUGGUCCAAAGGGCCUUCAAAAGCACUUUGAUAAUAUUCAUGAACUUUCGAUUGUAAUUCCACUUAUGCAUGAGGGACGAUCUUUCGAUACCAAGUUUGUCCAACGGUACCCUACGGUGCAAAGUCAGAAUCAUGACCUUUAUAUUAUCAAGCCACAAACUAAUAAGCUUGUCACUAAAAACUCAUACACUUUUGAGGUCGAGCAAUACCCUAGCCAGGGCAUUGAUUCGCGCAGCGCACAGAUUGCGCGUGAUUUUAAGGUUGUUAUCGAAUCACCCCUGGGUAAGUAUUUUAAAUUGACUAGAGGCGACUCAGGAACAGCAAUGGCACCGUUUGGAGUCUACUCUUCAACUAUUAAAUGCCAAGAAGCAGGGCUAUAUAGAGGCUUGGUGAUAGGUGAUAGUGGUAAUAGCUGGUAUGUCUUUGCACAAUGGGAAAGCGUUAACGGACAUGGCAGUACACACUAA